AAGAACAAUUCUUAGAAACCACUUUUUUCUGCGUUUCCCAUUUUGUGUACUUCAGUAAUGUCUUUUUUUUAUUAAGUUAAUUCUGCUGUUAUUGAAAACAUUAGUAUUGAAGAAUAAAAUAUGAUUUUCGGUACACUCUGCCGUAAAUUUAACUUUUCUAGUUUAUGACGAAUAACCAAGGAGCAAAGUUGAAUUUAAUAAACGAUUAUGUUUCAAGCAUCAUUUCUCCAACGAAUGUAGUGCCAUAAAAGACAAUGUAAAUGUUAGUAUAAUAUUACCCCUUGCCUGAAACUUAUCUUCCUCAUUCCGCGUUUAACAAAUAUAUCACUUUCCUGUUUCCGUCUAAGCAUCUGUCAUGUACGUUUUUUUUUUAAUAUUAGUUUACGCCUAUUUACGCGUUAUCAUAUAUAAUUUGCCGGGCUGAAUUCCAACAAGAUCCGCGAACGAUUUAUUCCAUCUAGUCAUAAGGACUAGAUAUCCUUGGUCUAUAAACCGUUUGCCUUUUAAAACUUCACUCUUGGCUGACUCAGAUCUUCGGUCAGCAGUACUGUGGGCUGACGCUAGAAAUAGCAGAAUGCCUUCCGGACCAACGAACCUAUUUAAGAUGAGAGCUUACAGUUAUUACUAAUCCAUUGUUAGUGCUGCUUCAGUGGCAUAAGUGAGAGCUGCCGACUUAGAAUGUCGUCUGCUUCAUUUAUCGCAACGCCGUAACAAUAUGGUUGUUCGCAGAUUCGAUGAGCCGGACUCAUUAUCCCCUUCAGCGUUACCAUAAACUGCUGCUUUGACUAUUGUGACUAUCAUUUUGCUUGCUGCCGGUGCCGGAUGUUGUCGUUGCAUCCGUGUGGUGUGAAAGAAGCCAUUGUUUGCUUUCUGCAGCCGCCCACAGCGGAAUACAAACAGAGAUUCUCUGUUGCUUUCCAGUCCACCUACUUAUUUCUUACAAUCUACUGUGGAACAGAACGGCGCAACAUAAAUAGGCACACACCAGAACACGUCCACAAUACACGGCCUGACCUACUGCCCGCUCGGCCAACCGCCCGCCCGCACGGCCGCAGGCCUGCUCGACCAAGCGACGGAAUGGUUGGUGUCGCUACUAGAUGAUAUUAUGCAGUAUUAGUCAUUUUAAAAGUUAGUGGCGAUAGCAUAACAUAUUUCGGUCACACAGGUUGUGUAGCUGACCGCGUUGUUGGCGGGACUUGAAACAACGACUUCUUGUCUCUUUUGACCACUAGCGACGGACGUCGUCGGCAAUGGUUGUGAUGGUGGUAAUAAUCAGUAACGUCUCACUGUAGAGAAAAUCAUCAGUAUCAUUCUAACCACAACAACAACAACAAUAACAACCUGAACCAUAGAUACGGGAAGAGAAAAGUGGGUCUGAGUAGCUGGGGAAAGGCGCGACUGCUGACUAGUAGAUUCGUCCGUGAACGUGAUGGACUGAGUAUGCGGUUGUGAGUGUUCCGCAACGAAAAAAAAAAUGAUGAUGAUGAUAUUAUCAGUGAUAACUUGUUGACCGCUGUUGAUUACUGACACCAGCAUCAUCAUUUGCUAUAGUCCAUUCGUGUUUCUUCUAGUUUUCUCUAGCCUUUUGCAUUUGCUGUGCGCUCCCGCCGCAACUCGUGCGGCGGUCCUACUACAUCAACGGCAGCAGUAAUUACAGUUCAUUCCAGGCAGGUUCGUUAUGUUGACGACGUUGGUGUAACCCUUCUGUCCUCCUACUGCCUACUUGUAUGCCUGUUAAACCUGCAUAUAUAUUGCAUUCAACGGCAUCGCAACUAAGUGCUAUGACCCCACAACUGUUACUAGAAUCAUAACGCUUGUUAUACGGAAUACUGUGGUUGAUACUGAGUGACUUGUUUCUGCUGUGUCUGCUACCGCUAUUCAUUGAUACAUGAAACAGGGAAGCAGAGACGCUUAUGGCUGAUUCGUAGCUUGGUUCGUUCAUGCGCUCAAUCAUCCACGACCGUAUGCAUUAGCGCUGUGUAAAUCGAGCUCUAUUCCCGACCGUGCGCCUUGCUUUGCCUAUCCACAACAGCCAUUCGUUGACCAGGUGGUCGCCGAGAAGAGUGCAUCGAAGAGAUUAUUCACCUGUAAAGGAGCAUCGCUGAUGACGUUUACAGAAUCUAAGACCAACAGUAGGCAAAGAAGAACGUUUUUCAUAAAUGUAACGACAUUUCUUUACGUUGACUGACUGAUCGCGUUGUAUUGUAGCUCUCGGUGUUGUUGUCCUCGUCAUCUUCCUCCUGAAAUUUCACUAUUAUCAUCCCUUAUUGAUUAUUAUUAUCGUUCAUUACUAUCCUCAUUAUUGUUGUGUCAGUCAGUUGAAGUAUGUAAGUCGCAUCUGUGCAAGUGUUUGAUUUGUGCCGUUCACACUGCUACCACCUUUGAAACACACUUUGACGACAAAACCGGCGAUAACAACGACAACAAGCAAUAACGAAAAGCGCGAAAGAUACCAGUGAACGAUCGAGGCAGGGAGAGAAGGGGUUCAGGGGUAUGUUAACAAAUGUGUAUUAAUGAAUCCGAUUUAAAUAAUUGACUUGAAGUAAGCUGAUUUGAUCUAAUUCGUUGGGAGCUUCUAUUGACGAAAAGGCCAGUAGUGAGCGAUUUUUGUGCUCCAUUUGUCGAUUGCCCAAUUUGGUCGAUGUACGGUCAGAACAGAUUUCCACUUAGUGUCAGAUUGCUUUGCCACUGCCGUCAAUCGCAGAGAGGAACAGCCAGUGGCAAAACAAUAGUUCAACAACGAAAAGCGAUUAUUUGUUGUCUACUGCUAAAAAAAAAGAAAUUCAUCGGAGAAAUUAGCAGCAGCGAGCGGGAUAUUCGCCAAAACGGAGGCCAAUAGCGAACAGCGGGGGGGGCAAGCAAGACCCACCUACGACGACAGCGUCACCGCUAAACGCGCGUUGUCGAUCACCGCCGCCGUCAGCGGUGACUACCAGAUAAAGAUCUAUUGUAGCACACAAGUCAAAUACGCUACUGCCGCAGCCGACAAGAAACAACAGUUCUUGCUCUGUCGAACGGGGCACAUCGCGAUCACAAACGGCGUCGUCGUGGGUUGGGUAGGCAGUUGGACUCGACUGCUGCCCACGGACGAAUCGAGCUAGAUCGACACAGAUUUGCGGUACUCGCUUAAGCACAUUGAAAGAAAAAGUUUUCCGUUCGUGUUGUUACCAUUGGACGAUUUGGAGUAACAAGUAUUGGGUGACAUUCUUCACCUGAAUCAAAAUGAGAUCUGUCAGUCCUUUGCCGUGAGCGCGGCAGGAACUGAAUGGAAGGAACUGGAGCCACUAAUGGGGGUGGAUACGGUUUAGGUGGAGUCGGAGGUCCUGGCUCGAGUCAGGCAUUAAGUUUCCUCGAUGUUGUCGCAGGGGAAAUUGCCGGAGACACGCAGGGUUCAGAAUUCGAUUUCACCGAUUUUACGAUGCCUUCUCAGCAGUCGACACAGCCUCACACAGCUGCGUCAGGAUCCCACCACCACCUCCAUCAUUCGCACCACACUAUUAGUGGGGCAGGUCUUCUUGAUUCUCAGCAGCAAAGCGGAGUUAGCAGCCUGGGAAAUGUUGACCACCUCGAUGUUCAAAAGAACGAACAGCUCACGGAUCUAAGCAGCAAGUCACAGCAGUUGGACGAUACCAAUGACAUUGACAUCGAUACUCGAUGCAACGACGUUGAGGAGCUCUCCCGACAGGUGGGAGCACUUGAACUAAACUUUGAAGAUGACCCAGAUGAUGCGGACGGGUUAGGGGGCCUUGGAGGCGAUGGCGGCCUAUCAGGCAGCGGUAGCACAGGAAUGCCGGCAUCAGAACUUCCGGCACACGCAUGCAAAUACUGUGGCAUACAUGAUCCUGCUUGCGUUCUUCAAUGUAAUAUUUGCAAACGAUGGUUUUGUAAUGGGCGAGGCUCAACAUCAGGAAGCCAUAUGGUAAACCACCUUGUACGUGCUAAGCAUCGCGAGGUAACGCUCCACCGUGACGGUCCACUAGGCGAUACUGCACUCGAAUGUUAUGCUUGUGGCUGCCGAAAUGUUUUCGUACUCGGCUUUAUUCCGGCAAAGGCGGACUCGGUUGUGGUUCUUCUCUGCAGACAUCCUUGUGCUUCGCAGAGCUCUCUCAAGGACAUGAACUGGGAUCCAGAGCAGUGGAAACCUCUGAUCCAUGACCGAUCGUUUCUUGCUUGGUUGGUCAAAGCACCCGCAGACGCAGAGCAGCGCCGGGCCCGUCAGAUCUCAACACAGCAAAUGGCCAAACUCGAAGAGCUCUGGAAGGACAACGUGGAUGCAUCCUUCCAAGACCUUGAGCGGCCUGGCGUCGACGAAGAGCCUCAACAAGUGCUACUUAGAUAUGAGGAUGGUUACCAGUACCAAAAUAUCUUGGGGCCAUUGGUAAAAAUGGAAGCGGACUACGAUCGUAAACUAAAGGAAGCUCAAACACAAGAAGAUGUUCACGUCCGGUGGGAUAUGGGACUCAAUAAGAAGCCAUUGGCUUAUUUCGGCAUUGCGCGAUCUGACACUGACAUGAGAUUAAUGCACGGAGAUGAACUUCGGCUCAGAUAUGUCGGCGACAUGCACAAGCCGUGGUCAGGUGUAGGUCAUGUAAUCAAGAUUCCCGAUUCACACUCGGAAGAAGUUGGUAUUGAGUUGAAGGCGGCUCCAGCCCAUGCAAGUCCUCCGCCUACCGAUUGUACAGUAAACUUUGUUGUUGACUUCGUGUGGAAAGCGACUUCAUUCGAGAGGAUGCAAGCCGCGCUACGAAGGUUCGCUGUGGAUGAAGCAUCUGUAUCUGGGUAUAUUUAUCAUCGUCUACUUGGCCACGAAGUCGAGGACAUCGUGUUGCGGUGUCAACUUCCUAAACAUUUCUCGGCACCUAAUCUACCAGAAUUGAAUCGUUCACAAGUGUUUGCAGUGCGGCAUGCUCUCCAGCGGCCGUUGUCACUGAUUCAGGGGCCACCAGGUACUGGUAAAACGGUGACUUCAGCGUCAAUCGUGUUUCAUCUUGCAAAACAGGGGCACGGACCUGUACUCGUCUGCGCACCGUCCAACAUAGCAGUUGAUCAGCUGACCGAGAAGAUCCACCGAACAAGACUAAAGGUAGUGCGUCUGUGCGCCAAGAGCCGAGAAGCUAUUAACUCGCCGGUAAGCUUCUUGGCCCUACAUAACCAGGUACGUAAUAUGGAAGCGAACGCUAGCCAGCACGUUUCCGAAUUAAAAAAACUGCAGCAACUUAAAGAUGAGACAGGCGAAUUGUCCUCAGCCGAUGAAAAGCGUUAUCGGACACUGAAACGCCUUUGUGAACGUGAGCUGCUCGAAGCAGCUGACGUCAUCUGCUGUACGUGUGUGGGAGCAGGCGAUCCUCGACUUCUGCGGUUGAAGUUCCACUCCAUUCUCAUCGAUGAAUGCAUGCAAGCCACCGAACCUGAAUGCAUGGUUCCGGUGGUUCUGGGAGCGAAACAGUUGAUCUUAGUUGGCGACCAUUGUCAACUGGGCCCCGUUGUCAUGUGCAAAAGGGCAGCCCGCGCGGGGCUUGCGCAGUCGCUGUUCGAGCGUCUCGUACUGCUUGGAAUCCGUCCUCUUCGACUCGAGGUUCAAUACCGUAUGCAUCCCGCACUCUCGGAAUUUCCGUCAAAUUUGUUUUACGAAGGAUCUCUCCAAAAUGGCGUAUUUGCCGAGGAACGCCGGCUCAAAGGCGUUGACUUCCCCUUUCCGCAGGCCGAUAAACCGAUGUUCUUCUGGUGCUGUAACGGCCAAGAAGAGAUCGCUGCCAGUGGAACCUCCUACCUAAACCGGACGGAAGCGGCCCUCGUAGAAAAAAUGGCCACGCGUUUCCUUAGAAGUUCAGUGAAGCCUGAGCAAAUUGGCGUUAUUACGCCGUACGAAGGGCAACGUGCCUUUCUUGUUCAGCACAUGCAAUAUUCUGGAUCGCUUCAUGCUAAACUCUAUCAAGACAUCGAAGUGGCGUCCGUUGAUGCUUUCCAAGGUCGCGAGAAGGAUCUGAUUAUCAUGUCGUGUGUCCGAUCGAACGAACAUCAAGGAAUCGGUUUUCUUAACGAUCCUCGGCGACUUAAUGUCGCCUUAACCAGAGCUCGUUUUGGUUUAAUCAUUGUUGGCAAUCCGAAGGUGCUGGCGAAACAGCCGCUCUGGAAUCACUUGUUGGCAUUUUACAAAGAUAAUUCCGUUCUUGUUGAAGGCCCACUUACAAAUCUGCGAGAGAGCCUUUUACAGCUUCAGAGACCGAGACGCCUUGACCGCCCUGGAGAUCUGGGUCUCAGUGGCAUCAGUGGAUUAAGUUGCCCCUUUAUGAAUACGGCGAUGUUUGCCCGCUCAGCGGACCAACAUGUGGCAGGACAUGCUAUGAAUUCGAUAAGCGGCGCUCGGGGAGAUAGUAGUACUAGCAAUGGGCCGUUGAACAGCGGAGGACUGAGCAUGCCGAGUGGCGUAGGCCCAGGUCAUCAUCAGCAGCACCACGGUCUUAGUACAAUGAGCGGUGCACAUCACGGAAUGUUGGACGCCCGUUUAGGUUCAGGCACUGGUUCGACUUACUCGGCACAGCAGGCUCAGUGGCGAGCCGAUAACGUCCUCCCUUUCGGUCGUGAUCCAAUGAGCUACAUCGCAGCUGAUCGGCCUCAGCCUGCAGCAUUUAAUAUGCAUGGACCAGCUGCGGCUUUACCAAUGGGCGUCUUCAUGACACCGCUAGGUCAGCAGCACCAUCCUGGUACAGGACCAGGCGGUCUUGGAACUCCCGCCAGAUACUUCUCGUUGCAGCAGCAACUCCAGCAGCAACAGUUCAUGACUACCCAGGCCAGUCGUCAAAAUUCUAAGACCACCGGUAAAACACGAGCGAACGCUGGGACAGGCCGCCGGCCUGCCCGCAACGCUCAAGCCGCGGCUAACAAUCCGUUGAUUUCGCAACAGGAUGGAUUGAACGAUGCAGGCCAACAGUUAACGCAGGCCGUUUCUGGGGCCUUUGGUCCGGGAGACAGUGGCCUGUUCUCACAACAACAGCAUCUUCCGCAAACGAACACUCAGAGCAAUGUCAAUAAUAACAGUCUGUUGUUGGGUGCGAGCGCUGGGAAGGGCACUCAGCUGACUCAGACCGAUGGCCUUACGCAGCCCGGGCACCACAAUGCAUUGGAUACAUCUGGUUUACUUUCGCAGGAUCCGUAUGGUCCCGGAGGAACGGGAGGGCUUGAUCUUGAUGUUGACUUCAAAUCGCAAGCCGAUGGCGGAUGCGGUCUGUUAUCGCAGGGCGACACCUGGCCGUGCGGGGUUGCAGGUGAAGGUGGUACCCAAUCGCAGUUCUCCCAGCCGUACUGAUAUUGCUAACGAGUCGCACCGAAGGUCUCGGGAGGCGUGGCCGGACAAGCCCUGUCUUCGUGAAAAUACUAAAGCGCCACCCACAGAGGGAGCGAGGUCCCGCACAAGCCCGGACCCUCAUAACAGCUCCCCACAUGGCUCGAUAUACUAUUACGUCCCUUGUGCUGAGGUGCUUUGACAUCCAGCCGUUUGCUGCAAUAACAAACAAACAAACAACCAACCAAGCAAUUAGCCAACUAACAACAGCUAAAACAGGCUACGUAGGCAGUAUGCAGGCAGCAAUUAGAUCUGUUGAGUCACGAAAUUCUGUGACCACGACUGCACCUGUCAACAGUUGUGCAGGAACUAGCGGGUCAUCUGAGUGGGAGCAUUUAGCACCUUUCUAAUUUAGCUCCGAUCGGGAGAAGAGGAUCGCGAUGGCAACAAGGCUGGGAAAAUAGACGAGAAAAACAAAGCCGGAAUAGGAAAAUUACGAGUGAUAGGAAGGAUACCUGUAUCUGGAUGAACACAGUCAAACGAAAUAAGAAAAAAAAAACGACAGAAAUAGAUGGAACGAGAAGAACUUUGUUUGAAACACGAACGUUAAAACAUAAGGCGUUAAGACAGGACCUGUAGAAUGCUCCUUACGUCAAAAUGGGGGUAUAUCUCCCACUGCAAAAGAACUGCGUUGAUGCACGAGCACGCGACAAAGAUUCUUCGUUCUUAACGAAUAUUCAUUGGAGGUAAUGGUAAAGGUCCCGAUGACAUACGAACUCUAGCCAUAAUAACAACAACACAAUGAAAACACUAGCAGCAGCAGCAACAACAACCAUUUAUGACCGAAAGAAGAUACUACACGUACAACACACAUGGUUACAAAUCAGUAAGAAGCCAAACGAGGCGUGAUUUGUUUAUUUCCGUGAAGUGAUAUGUGCACAGGUGUCUCUCAUAGAAGAAAACUACAAAAAAUGAGCAGAGGACCCUGACAUAUGUGUAUGUACAAUGUAAGUUAGUUGUACUCAAGAACAACGCUAACUACAAUGAUGAUUCUAUGGCAUUGGUAUAUAUUCAUUCAAUCAUUAGCAUUGCGUGGCGUAUAUCACACUGUCAAAGAAUACGGACAAGAAACAAGAACGAAGCGAGAUGCGAACUACAGUAUGAGUGUAUGUUACGUUGCGUUUACGGCCUUGGGAGGCCCCUGUCACCAACAUGUUAAAAAAAAACUUGAGUGGAAACUGUUGAAACGAGUAAUGUUAAAUAAAAAUAAUACAACAAUACGGGAAGGUCUUGACGGCGGAGAUGAUUUACGAGGGGGGUUGUGGUGGUGACGGUGGGAAGGGGCCCACGGUAUCAGUGGAUGGUAGAGUAGACAAAUGGAAGGGCGCAGGGCGUGGCAGGAUUUACGCCUAUAAAUUAUAUUGAUUGCAUCGCAUUGUGAUAUUCAGCAGCAACAGGAAGAGGAUGCUGAAAAGCUGUAUGUAUGUAUUCAAAGAUGACAAAUGAAAGAAAAACUAUAGGGUAAUAAUAGAACCUGGAUUGUCUCGAGGUGAUUCUUAUACGAGAUACUCGCGUCAGAUACCGGUGCCCUAAAGGUGCGCUGCUGAGUAGUUUGAAAGCGUUACAUGUUUGUUCAACUUUGGUUAUAGAAUUUAAAAUAAUGGAUUUAAAAUGGGAUAAAAGAUGAUGAGUGUAACCGAAACGGCGAUGGUCGGAGAUUAAUUUGUUUCGCGUACUAGGUAGAUCCCAAAUUUUGUUGAGACGUUAACACGUGUUAAAUGCUAGCUAAGGUGGAGCAUUUGUCAUAUUUUCAGUACCAUAUCCAUGAGGAUUAUGGUUAGGAAGUUUUCAAGGGCUGGUCUAAAAUCGGUGUUCUGAUCGGCGCGACCGUACAUUUCAUUCUGUUCAACAACUUCACAAAAAAAUUGUUUGACUCUAUAGAUGUUUGCUCAUUGAAGAAGGGGGCAUCCGCAUGGAAAAUAGAAGGACAAUAACGGAGGCCUGCGUAAAUGAGCGCAAUUGUUAAUUGAAUAAGUUUAUAAAGUGUGACAGGGCAUCGUGUUAGAAAAGGCUCACUGAUCUCUCAUAUAAUUAUUUUCAUUUCAAGGGCCAAAUAUCUUCGUGAGAUAGACGGGGCUAUAGACCAUACGAACCAGCGCGAAUCAAGUGAUAAAAGUGUGGAAAUGCUGUCAUCAACUUCCAGAUACUGUUAUGCUUAGCUGCGGUGCUAACCGAUAAUUAAAUAAUUGAGAUUACCAGGAUGUUUUAGCAUGGGCAGUCAACACUAUUUUUUUUCUUGGCUUUGGUGACCCCUCUGAAUAUGUUAAUUUUUACACUUUCUGAUAUAUAAAUGCACAGCUCAUUUAGAUUGAGUCUUCAGACUUGGUUCGUUUCGUACAGAUUGAAGAAUCCUAUGGUAUAAAUGUAUUUGCACCCGUCCAUUGAUCUAUUGUGGGUAACAGCCAUGUCAAUUUUAGCAUGUAUAUAAUAAUAAAAAAUAAGUUGUGUUGUGACAGGGAUAGUAACAUAGAAAGAAGAAGCAAAUGAGCUGUUGCAGAGGUCGGGGCUCAAGAGUUACUUGUAGUAGUAUAAUGUAAUGCGAUCAAUUGUUAUAUUAUUAAAUAGACGAUAACUCGACAGAUUCAACAGUGUUUCAUUUCCAACCGCCCAUGACCCCUUACCUAACGACACCCAUAGAGCACCUGCGCAACACGAUUCACUUCGCAUCGCUAUCGUUUAGCAAACUUAUUAUUAUAUAUAAAGGUGAAUGUGAAUUAUCAUUUU